AUGGCCAAUCAAUUACGAAACACUGCUUUACAGCAACUAAAUUCCAAGAAAAUAUUGGAGAAUUUUGCUGAAUCUGCUAGCUUACAUGGGAUUCGCUACGCUGCAAAUUCAAGGUCAACGUUUCGUCGAAUCAUCUGGACGACGUUGGUUCUCAUUUUUACUGGACUAUUCGUGAAUCAAAUAAUCGGGAGGUACUUAAWGCUCAARGACAAUAAACACAUUACUAGUAUCGAGGUUUUUCCAUCACAACAUCUCAAGUUUCCAGCCAUUACAAUCUGUAACAUKAAUAUGAUGAAGAAGUCMAAAAUUCUUGGAACUGAAGCCCAAYUGUAUCUGGACCUACAAGAUCCGCAGAAAGCCUUCAAACCCAAGUACAAAUUGCAAACRUUUAGCAAGUCUUUUGAUAUUCGGAAGGCAGUACUGCUGUAUGGACAUGAYGCGAAGGAUUUGAUAGAAUUUUGUAUCUGGAGAGGGAAGAAAUGCACUCCUAAAAACUUCACAACUAGAUUUUCACAUCUGUAUGGCCUCUGUCAUACUUUUAAUUCAGGAAGCCAAGGUCACCCUUUGGUAUAUUCAACAAGUACUAUCAAGGACGAUGGUCUGAUCCUGGGACUGAAUGCACAUGGAAAAGAGUAUUAUGGUGUAUCGAGUUAUUUGGCUCCRGGUGUGAARGUCGCAGUGCAUGACCAAAAUGAAGACCCAAUGAUUGAGAAUUAUGGUUUUGAGCUCAUGGCGGGUGCUACAGCGGAAAUCACAAUUAACAGAAAUGAGCUCCUAAGCUUAAAGCCACCUUAUAAAUCAGCGUGCGGCACAAGAAGAUUGGAAACAACAAAUACUUACUCCAGACUUAAAUGCAAGAAAGAGUGUCUCUCACGGGAGAUGAUGAAACGAUGCUCCUGCAAGCUCCUCGGCAUGCCUAUCUUGCCAGGUCAGCAGAACAACACAGAGUGUAAACACGUUCGUGAAUUUYUGUCGUGUGACGUCCUUCGACACGCUGUUGGUCUAACAGCUGAUAUCGGUGGUUUCGCGGGACUGUUUCUUGGAUGCAGUUUUCUCUCAUUGUUUGAASUGGUGGAUUUAUUUUUCACAUUGUGCAUCGCGAAGUUCAAAGCCAGGAGGGCGGURCAAMCGCUGUCACAGCCUCAACAAGACGGUUAGGUAGAUCGACAAAUACAUCCUUCGCCCAACUAUAUGGCACAUAAACGGCAAAAUACUCUUGUUUCGAAAUCUCAUUUACUCAGCCUUAGUCUUAAAUUACACACAGAGUUUUUGCAUUAUAAUGGAGUUUUGAUAAUAAAAUGUUAAUCA